AUGUCGACUCAAUCUCCUCAUCCUCCGACCCCCAAGGGAUCGCGCAAUAACCGUCGCCCUCAGAAGAAGAAUAUGACCCCUCACGCUCAGAAACCGGCGCUCCUCUCUACUCCUCCGUCAUCCCCGCCGCAUAACAUGGGCCCCGGAGUCAUUCAGAUGGAUUCCUCAAACUUCAACUCUUCAAAGAAGAAGCCUGUGCGCUCAGCGAAGAAACCACGAGACAACAAAGCUUCUCCUGCCCCGCAUUCUGGAUACCACAGUAACGGGUACAACAGUGGUCCGCGACACACAUCAACUCACCCCUCUGUCACCUCUCCUCAGACAAAGCCGAGCGCAGCCUACGCGGGACCGACAUUCCACGCAUCGCCCGCACCGUCAGCUUUGCCAAUCCCUAGCUUUUUCUCCAAGUCAGCCCCUGAUGCCAAUCUUGUCCCACCCAUCGAGACCGAUAGUGAUGAUGCGGAGGUGGACCCCGAACUAGAGAUGACACCGUCCAAACCUCGCAACCGCAACAACCAACCCAAGGCCGAAGAGCACCAGCCUUCUCCUCUCGACUUCCUCUUUAAGGCUGCUGUGCAAGCCAGAGACCAGAAGUCCACGAGCAGCCCGGAGGUGCACAAGGUCCUUCAGUCUCCCCAGACCGAACCCAGGGCCUCGCGCACCAACCCUGAUGGCAUGUUUGCAUUUGAAAUGGGAAACUCUGACUAUUCUCGGAAUUCACGCAUUGGACCUUCCUUCGCUCCUUCUUACCAGGAUCGUAUGAAUGCGCUGCGGCCCACGAGUACCCCUCAGUCUUCUGACAUGACCGAGGAGGAACGACGCAUUAAGACCGAGGAGUUGAAGCACCUGUUGCUCAACCCACCCCCACAGAAGCCACCUUCCUCAGCUUAUGCCACUCAUGAAUAUGCUGGACCCUUUGGGCCGCGUCCUUCCAAUGUGCCUCCCUAUGCUACUCCUGUGCGAACCUCGUCUGGUCCUCAGUUGACCUCAUCGCAUGGUUCCUUUUCUCCCCACCAGCUGCAACAGCAGCAUAUUCCUCAGAAUAAUGGGCCUCCUCGCUACCCAUACCCUGCCCACUCUCACUCACCCCUGCGCCGUCAGGUUGAAAUCGUCCCACCUCCCUCGAUGCCCCAGUAUCGUGGCCCCCCUUCGAAUGGCGCCUCGAACCGAGCCUCCCCGGCGCCAUAUGGCAAUCCCUACAUGACAACCUCUCAGUAUCAGCAACCCGGCUACGCUUCCCCCCAGCCAAACCAUGCGUCGGCUGCAUUCCAAAUGCCGGUGAACUCACCAUCUCCUUCCCGGGUUGUGGACACCCGGCAAAUCGAAAAUGAUAUUCGCCGGGUUCUCAAGCUGGAUGCGUCGGGGCCUCCGGUCCCCCAGAGCUCGUAG